AUGGAGAAAACUAUGGUUGAAAAUGAGUCGGAGAAACAGAAUCUCGGCAAACCAAUGGAUAAACUCAAAGCUGAUGCUUCUGGAAUCUUGAUCUGCGUCCGUAAAUUGAAGGAUUUAAAGAAACAUAAUGAGCUGGUUGAAGCCAAUAUCAACAAGAGGUCUCUAGAACUAGAGUUAAAGGAGAACAAUUUGCAACGUUUGAGCUCAGACCUUGAUGAAAGAGCUCGACGUUUUGAGGCAGAGAAGGCUGAAGCUGGUGAUUUAAAGAAAUUGGUGGAAGAACUAAGGUUAAAGAGAAAUGAACUGACUGCGAAGCUUGACAUAUCGACAAGGAUUCAGAGAGAGAUCGAGUUAAGGAGUAAACAUUUGGUGAAGGUUAUAGCUGAGCUUCGUAAGGUUCAAGAACGUCAGAGAGAAAUGGAAGAUGUAACCGCUAGAAAGACGAAAGAUUUGGGAUUGGUUCUUGUCAAGAUUGAAGAAUCUGAUAAGCAGCUUCAGGGGAUGUCUCGGGAAGUGGAGUUGAAGAACAAGGAGCUGCAGAUUUUAAGUGAAAAGAGGGAAAACAAUUUAGAAGUAGAGAAGACUGAAGCUGAUUUGAAGGUGAAAUCUGAUGGGUUAAAGAAGGACAUUGAAGAGAAAGGAAAGGAACUUGAUUUGAUUAAGAGUCAAGUCAAAUCAUGGGAAAGGAAACUCAUUCAGGUAAGGAAACUGGUCGAUGAAUCUACAGCGGAACUAAGUUCAAGGAAAGAUCAAGUGGAUUCAUUGAAGAACAUUCGAGGAGAAGCAGAGUUGAAGAAGAAACAGUUGGGACAGACGAAAACCGUGCUUGUGAAGCAUAAUGGUGAAGAGGAAGAUAAUCUUGGCAAAGUUGUUACGUCAUCUGAUACUAAGUCCACCAGUGAGCCUAAUCAUCCUCCAGUUAUCUACACAUACCAUAGAAAGAGAGAACUGAGGAAGCUGGAGAAAAUCUUUAAGGGAGCUUCUAUUUUCGGAUAA